UCUAUUAGUUUAAUAAUUAAUGAUUAACUCGGUCAAUCAACUAACUGCAAGCUAUGGACUGGAUAAAAGAGAGAAGUUUGAGAGAGAGAAAUUAGAGAGAGGAAACGCUCUCCCCUCUCUCCCCCUUUUCCCCUUGAUUUUUUGAACGUUUAUGAUCGUUGAGGAAGCUCCCCCCCAACAGGGGGGAUCACUGUCUCAAACCGUCGGACGACUCACCGUCGACAUCGCCGAUCCAAGCCAGCAAGAAGGCAAAGGCGAGCUCUAGCACAGAAUUCUCAGGGCAGAACGACAUGGAAACGAUCUCAGUGGUGACUGCGAGGGCUUAUGAAGAGGAAAUGGAUACAGAGCUACAACAAGUUGAAGAUCCACUGGCUGCAGAGGCGGUUCCAGAAUCGGGAACAGGGAAAGCCUCCUAUAGAGACUCCUUCCUUCGAAACAGCCCACCGAUGGAUAUCCCGGAGGGUGACGAGUUGAUGUUGGAUGAGUCCAACAGAGAAGAUGGCGAGGAUGAUCCGGACUGCCCGACGAUUAGGAUCAAGAAGCGCACCAACGCGAUCAUUUGCAACCGUUGUAGAAGAGCCAUCACGUUUCGCACCUUGGGGAAGACAUUCCCUUUCGCCUUCGUUCACAGGCGAGUCCAGAGAAUGUGGGACAAAACAGGGGGAAUGAAGGUUGGAGACAUUGGAAAUGGAUAUUUCCAAGCAACAUUUGAUUCGCAGAUUGACCAUGACAGAGCUCUCUACGGAGGGCCGUGGACAACUGAAGACCAUUAUAUUGCUGCCGAACCAUGGAGAUUGGAUUUCGAUCCGGACUUCGACACAAUUGACAAAACCUCAGUUUGGGUAAGACUUUCCCGCCUUCCUCUCGCUUACUUUGAUGAGGAAAUCUUCCUGGACAUAGGGAAUAAGCUUGGAAGGGUGGAGAAGAUUGAUUAUAACACUGCCAACAGAUUCAGGGGGAUCUAUGCUCGCAUCUGCGUUGAAAUUGAUCUCAGGAAACGACUGGUUUCUAAGUACAGGAUUAAGAGAAGAGUGAGGAGAGUUGAAUAUGAGGGGUUGCAUAUUGUCUGCUAUGAGUGCGGCCACUAUGGUCACACUACUGAGAAUUGCCCCCAAAGGAAAGCUGAAGCGGAUACUGGCCCGAAUGAGAGGAGUCCUGCGAACAAGAAUCCUGGCUCUAACCAGGAAAUCCGACCAGAAAUCCUUGAGGAUUUUGGCCCAUGGAUGCUUGCAACCAGACCAAAGCGCAAGGGAAACCCAAUGAAGAACAAGAAGGGGGAGGUGAAGGGAAAUGAGAACCUCCCACUGAGAACUGAUACGGAGAAUGGAUCAAGAUUCAGCGUCCUAGAUAGGGAAGUUGAUGGUACUAAUGAAGGGGAGGAAAUGUGGAGGAGAUGAACACAAACCAGAAUCAGAAUCUAGAAGAUACAUAAAGGCAAAACAUGGGCUAGAAUUCUCCCAUUCAAAUUUCGUGGAUUGAGAAUGAUUCUAGGAAGGUCACUUUUGUCAUUACACUCAGUUCAUGUUUAUAUAUUAUUAAAAAUGUUAUCAUUGGAGUUCGACCUUGGUCACUUAAAUGAAGAAAUAACAUUGUAACCAACUAGACUACAUUUUGUUUAUUCUUAAGUCUUUGAUUAAACUGUAGAAAUAUGUAUGGUGUCGAUGUUUCUAUAUAUAUAUAUUUUUAUCUUAAGUUAUUUAUAUUUUAUAUAAAGAGAUUAGUUCUGAAAUCGGAACUCAAGUAGUGUUUAUUCAAACAUUAAUAUUAAAUUGUAUGUGUUGUUUAGAUUAGACAAAAUACAGAAGUGUAACCAAAACAUGGACCUUUGUGAUGAGUAUAAUCAUAUUUUUUUGUGACAAAUCUACACAUAAUUUAAUGAUAAAAUUGAAAAUUGAGAGUCUCAUUUCAAAUUUCGUGGCCUGAGAGUGAUUCUAGGAAGCUCUUUUUUCGUCACAGUGCCCAAUUUAUCUUUAUAUUAUGUGUAGAUUUGUGACUAAAAAAUUACUAUAUUUGUCACAAAGAUCCAUGUUUUGGCUACACAUUUCUUAUAAAAAAAUAUUUUGGCUACACAUAUGUAUUUUGUCUAAAUUGAACCACACAUACAAUUUAUUAUUUUCUAUUAGAAUCAAUGUUACUUGAGUUCUGAUUUCACAAUUAAUCACUUUCUAUAAGAUAUAAUAAUUUCAGAUAAAAUACCUUUUUUUUCUUCGUUGAAUCGGUAAAAUACCUUUACUACUUGAUUGAAGAAGUUCUUUCUAUAAGAUAUAUUACACUAAACAAAUUUGUUUUAUCUUCUUAAAUUUUAAACAUGCACUAAGCAAAGAUUUGAAAAGCAUAGGACUUUUCACGGUUAGCUAGCCUAUUAAAUCUUCUGAAAAGCAAAGUUUAAUAUGUGAUUCAUAAUUUUUAUAACCUAUAAAAUGACGGGUAAUCUUAAAAUUGCAACACAAAUUUCAUUGUUUGAAAUAUUUCAUAUUGAAUAUGUAAAAGCGAUGUGGAAUUCUUUAAAUUAAUAUAAAUUUUCAGAACUAAUACGAAACAAUAAUAUUUUGUACAAACUAUAAGUGAUUGGUUCUCUAAAAUUUUGGCGUGGUUAACUGCUAGACAUUAAACUCUUGCUAAUCGAGCAUGAAUGGACCUGACAAUAAUGAGAUGAUAUCAAGUUUAAUGUGAUGCCAAUUUUCUCAAUUUUGGAUUGGAUGUGUUGAUCAAUUUAUAGCGCAUUAACAUAUAAAUGAGUUAUAAUUAACCUCAUUAUACAAUUUUUACUCUUUAUACUAAUUAAUUUAAUCUUAAUAUUUGUGAUGUAUUAAAUAUUUUAUGUAUGAGUUAUAAGUAUAAUUAUUAUUUGUGACAUCCGUUGUAGUAUUCAUCAGGUAGUCAAAAAUCGAAUACUGGGUGCAUCGAUGAUUGUUUUUAUCUUGGUGUUGUGAAUAAGUAGAAACUUAAUUAUUAUAAUUCAUAUAACUAUACAGUCUAUACCUAGACACAUGGUCGAGCUAACACGACACAGUUAGAGCAUACCAUGAAGACAAUGUAUAUGGAUCGAGCAUAUACAAACAUGAAUGCUUCAUGGGUCGUACCAGACUUAAACUUCAAGGGCUCGCGCAAAAGUGCGAGCACCACACAGACUAUAUUGGUGAACUCAUGUUUUAUGGAAAAAUGCGCCAUUUGAUAAAAAUAAAUCUUCUAAAAAUAACAUAUAAAAUUUGAAUUAAUGAGUAGUGUCUCACAUCAACGUGUGACGCUCAUAUUCUAAAAGGUUUAUAAAAUACAUUCAUUGUU